AUCAGUUGUAAACGGGACGGCCUGCGAGGCGGACGCGCGCACCACACGCUAACCUGCGCCCUGUCAGUGACACAAACACACCCUAGCAAGUGGACGGUGCGUGCAUGCGAGAGCAGCAAACAACGCCAUGACAACGUGCUGAAGAAAUAAACCGAGACGCUUUUCCACCAGGGAAUGUUGAAAGAGUUGCCCUUUCGAAAUGACUUCUUCGCCAGGAGCCCCGUUCAAACGACUGUUGUGCCGGUCGCGCUCGCGUCUCAUUCUGGUCGCCUUGGCCGGCCUGGCUCUCUACUGCCUCCACGAGGGACCGUCCAACAACGCCGAAUACCGACCCUCGAUUCUGCCCCUCUACCACCACCACCCGCAGGUGGCCUCUUCGCAGCACCGAAGGGCCGUUCUCCAGAGGAAUAAUGCCUCCCUGCACCCCAGCAACUCGGCGGGUGGCACCGAAUUCAAAAGCAACACUUCCACGCCGCCCUCGCCAAAUCUACCAGUGAUGCAGAGCACAUCCUCGACACUGCCCGAUGACCGCGAGGUGCGCGCCGUCCUUGAAGUGGACAUUCCGAAGAAGAGCACGCGUGGUCCGGUGGCCGCCGAGCAUUCGCCCGAGGAGGAAGGCGCCCCCAUAGAGGACUACGACGUGGAAGAGCUGGAAGAAGAACUGGCCAAGCGACGGAAACGUGUGCACGAGGUGUGCGAAGCGACCGGCCUCGACCGCGAAGUCGAGCCCAACGCCUGGGAGUUCUUCAUCGACCACAAGCACCAUCUAGUCUGGUGCAACAUUUUCAAGGCGGCUAGCUCAACGUGGAUGUACAACUUUAAUCUGCUCGCCGGCUAUAAAGAGGAUUACCUGAAACGAUCUCGAAAAACGCCACUGGUGCUCGCCAGGUCGCGCUUUCCGCGGCCCAGUUCGGCCCAACUCCGCGAGGCCCUGCCCUCCUAUUUGUCUUUCAUGAUCGUCCGCGACCCGUUCGAACGACUGCUCUCUGCUUACAGGAACAAAAUCGAAGCAUUCCGGCACAAAUUCUACAGAAAGCUUUGCAAAGAGAUUAUCCAUAGGUAUAGGAAACCUGGUAGUCCGUACCAGGGACUGAAAGGGCCUAGUUUCUCCGAGUUUGUGACGCAUGUGGUCGAUACUUCUGAAAGACCGGACGAGCACUGGGCUCCGUACUACAGAUUUUGCACACCUUGUCAGGUGAAUUUCACCGUGAUUGCUCAAGUAGAAACCCUGAGUAGAGAUCAAGAGUAUGUGAUAAGACACGCCGGACUGGCCGAGGAGCUUCCCCUGGGCCGGAGGGGCCAUCGGGAGGCCCUGAACAAAGCCCGGGGCGCGCCGACCAACGAGCUGCUCGAGCGCUACUUCCGUCAACUGAGCAGGGACCAGCUGAUGGCCCUGUACCGCAUCUACCGGAUCGAUUUCGACAUGUUCGGCUACGACGCGGACAAGUACUUCCGAAUGAUCAAAGAACCGGAGCCGGGCAUCAAAUGACGACUGCAGGAAUUCUGGAAGUACGUGUGCGGCGCCAGGUGCGAGAAGAAGCGCGAUUACUACUACAAUUGAAGGAAAGAUCGUUUUUCAAAUAACGCGGCAGGCGAAGAAGAGCGAGGCGCACGUUAACUUCUCUCAAAAUUAAGUUCAUUCAUCUCACACGAAAUGGUUGUGCGGACGAGACAGUGACAAAGUGCUGUGAUUGAUUUACCGAACGAGCAAAGUUUUGAUCGCGGGCUUACGAAAGAAAUGACUCCUUCGGGAAACGGGCAAAGUGAGAGAGGCUACCUAUUGAAUGUUGAUCACGAUUCAUAUCUCUAAUUGUAUAUCCGGAGCAGCGAGAAAAUAUAUUAUAAAUAAUAAAUCAUUCCCUGAUC